AAAAAAUGAUAAAGUCAAAGGAAAUUGAAAGAAAAAAAUCAAUAACAGAUCAAAAAGAAUCUAGUAAUUCUGGUACAAAUUGUUAUACAUUGUUUCUAAAUGAUAUCAAAUCGACACACAGUCAACAGGGCAGAAAAUUCCCAAGAAAUUUUAUUAAGACAACAAAGUAUACAAUUUUAACUUUUGUUCCAAAAAAUUUAUUAGAGCAAUUUAGAAGAUUAUCAAAUUUUUAUUUUCUUUGUGUAUUAAUUAUUCAACUGGUACCACAAAUCUCACCAUUAUUACCAUUGACAUCAAUUUUACCAUUAUCAUUUGUAUUAAUUAUAACGGCAACUAAGGAAGCACUCGAAGAUUACAGUCGUUACCAAUCGGAUAAAAAAAAUAAUUUAGAACCAUAUACUGUAGUAAGAGAUGGUAAAUUGGAAACCGUACCAAGUCAAGAUAUUUGUGUUGGUGAUAUUGUUCGUAUUCAAAAUGGUCAGCAAAUACCUGCCGAUUUAGUUUUGGUAUCAACUUCCCAUGAGGAGGGUUUAUGUUAUGUUGAAACUUCCAAUCUUGAUGGUGAAACCAAUUUAAAGGUUAGAAAGGCUUUGCUAGAUACAAAUAAAUUACAAACUGCUGACGAAAUAUCAUCACUUCGUGGCAGCAUUGUUUAUGAAACCCCAAACGAGCGUUUAUACAGAUUUAAUGGUAGAAUUGUAAUUCAAGGUAAAGAAAAUAUUAUUCACUCAUUGAACCACACAAUGUUUUUACAAAGAGGCUCGCAAUUGAGAAAUACUAAAUUUAUUUAUGGUGUUUGUGUUUAUGCUGGUGUAGAUACCAAAUUGUUUUUAAAUCAACAACCACCACCAUCCAAGUUUUCAACAGUUGAAAAACUUUUAAACAGAUUAAUUUUAUUUGUAUUUAUUUUCCAAAUUAUUAUUUGCUUAUUAUGUGCAGUUACCUCUUCUUUUUAUCAAAGUAUGGUUGCUAUAGAUAUGCCCUAUCUAGGAGAUAAAAUCAGUUUAUCAAUUUUCGGUGUUAGAAAUUUCUUUACCUAUUUCAUUUUAUUCAAUACAAUGAUUCCAAUCUCUUUAUGGGUAACUCUAGAAAUGGUUAAAGUAGGCCAAGCUAAAUUUAUGGAAUGGGAUAUCAAUAUGCGUUCAAAAGUUGUAACUAUAGAUACAAUAACCGGUGAAGAAAAAGAAGUAGAAAAGGGUUGCAAAGCUAAAACAUCAAAUUUAAAUGAAGAUCUUGGAAGAAUUCAACAUAUUUUUAGUGAUAAAACCGGUACACUCACAGAGAAUAUUAUGAGAUUUUGUAAAUGUUCAAUUGGUUCAGAUAUUUUCGAUGAAAAGGAAAAUCCAGGUAGUUUAAUUAGAGCUUUAGAAGCAAGUAUUGCAACAAAUGAACAAAAAAUUAGUAAUGGUACCGCUUGCACAAAAUAUCAAAUCACUCAAAGUUUCUUACGUAUUCUUAGUCUUUGCCAUACCGUCAUUUCAGAAGUUGACGAAGCUACCGGUAAUAUAACAUAUCAAUCACAAUCUCCAGAUGAAUUGGCUCUUGUACAUACUGCUAGUAAUAAUGGUUUUGUCUUUUUGGAUAGAAGAUCUGACGAAAUUUUAUUAAGAGAAAAUGGUGUUGAUACAUCGUAUGCCUUAUUGGCAAUCUUAGAAUUUUCAUCUGCACGUCGUAGAAUGUCUGUUAUUAUCCGUACACCAGAAGGUACAAUUAAGCUUUUAACCAAAGGUGCAGAUAUGGCCAUCUCUUGUAGAUUAAUAAAUGAUAAAGAAAGAAAUAGUGCUCGUGACGAAACAUUAAACUUUUUAAAAUCAUUUUCAAGAGAAGGUUAUCGUACUUUAAUGUUGGCUGAAAGAGAUUUAACCAUCGAGGAAUAUGAAGACUGGAAGCAAUCAUUUAUCCAGGCAUCAAAUACAAUCGAAAAUCGUGAAGAAAAAAUAGAAUCUGUUUGCGAGCUUAUCGAAAAGGAUCUUACUCUUGUUGGAACUACUGCCAUUGAAGAUAAACUUCAAAAUCAAGUGCCAGAAACCAUUGCUUAUUUAUUAGAAGCCGGUUUGCAUAUUUGGGUAUUAACUGGUGAUAAACAAGAAACUGCUGUAAACAUUGGUUACUCGUGUCGUCUUUUCGAUCCAUCAAUGGAGUUAAUCUUUAUAAAUACAGAAACCUCUGAUGAAUGUGGUUCUGGAAAUAAAACCCCAGUUAUCGAUAUUAUUAUUCCCAGUCUUCAAAACGAAUAUGGUUUGGUUAUUGAUGGCCACACAUUAGCUUUCGCUUUAAGCGACCAUAAAGAGAAAUUCCUUCGUCUUGGUAGAGCAUGUAAAAGUGUUAUUUGUUGUCGUGUAACCCCAUUACAAAAAGCCUUAGUAGUAAGAGUAGUAAAACAAAGUGAAAAGAAAAUUUCAUUAGCCAUUGGUGAUGGUGCAAAUGAUGUAUCUAUGAUUCAAGAAGCUCAUGUUGGUAUUGGUAUAUUUGGAAAAGAAGGUACUCAAGCUGCUCGUGCUUCAGAUUAUUGUAUUCAUCAAUUCCAUCAUUUAAAGAGACUACUUUGUGUCCAUGGUAGAUAUUCAUAUAUUAGAGUAUCCGGUUUAAUUCAAUACUCUUUCUACAAGAAUAUGAGCUUUACCCUUUGCUUAUUGUGGUUCUCAUUCAAUAGUCUUUUCACUGGUCAAACUAUUUUUGAUUCCUGGAUCAUCACAUUUUACAACAUUUUAUUCACAUCUCUACCACCAUUCUUCUAUGGUUUAUUUGAAAAAGAUAUUGAUGAAGAUAGUAUUUUACAAUAUCCAAAUCUUUAUAAAAGUAUUCACUCUAGUCCAAUUCUUUCAAAGAAAUCCUUCUUUAUUUGGAAUAUCUGUGGUCUAUGGCACUCCUUGGUUACAUUCUUUGGUAUUAAAUUCUUAUUCGAUAACGAUGUAAUGUCAGCAAAUGGUCAUGUUGCUGGUAUAUGGACUCUUGGUACUUUAGUUGCAACUUGCUCAAUUUUAACUGUAAAUUGUAGAAUGGCAAUCGAAACAAAACUUUGGAAUUAUAUAACAUUAAUUGGUAUAGGUAUUUCUUUGGUAUCUUUCUUUAUAAUGUUGAUUUUAUACUCUUAUUUCUUACCAUUAAAUUCAAAUAUGUUUGAUAUUUUUUCGACACAAAUGGAAGUAGGGCAAUAUUAUUUUGCUGUAAUAAUUUGUAUAAUUGUUGCAUUAAUUCCAGAUUUUUGCUUAAAAUACUACUCAAGACAAUAUUAUCCAAAAGAUGUUCAAAUUCUAAAGGAAAAAGCAAAAUUAAAUUUAUCCUCAAAAGAAUUUCAAAUGAAAGAGUUUAAUAAUGCAAAUAAUAUAGCAAGAGCCUAAAAAAAAAUAAUAAACUUUUAAAAUUUAAAAUAAAAUAUUUAAAAACUAU